UGGGACAUGAACUCAGCUGCUACGGUUUGUGCUGAACUGGACUGUGGUUCUGCUGUUUCAGCAAGAGAUUCAAAGGAAACUCCAAUGAGACCAGUUUGGAGGAUCAUGUCUGGCUGUUUGAAGUCAAGAUCUGCAUUAAAAAACUGUUUACCUUAUGAUGAAUACAAUGAUCAGAGCCUUAGGUUCAUCUGCUCAGACUCAGUCAGGCUGGUUCAAGGGACCAACCGGUGCUCAGGCAGACUGGAGGUGAAGACCGACCAGUCGUGGUCCUCAGUGUGUGAAAAAGACUUUGACCUGCAGGAUGCAAAGGUGGUCUGCAGGGAGAUUAGCUGUGGGUCUCCUUCUGUCCUCCAGGGGGCGCUCUAUGGAGAAGCAGAGGCUCCAGUGGGGAGCAGAGAGUUCCUGUGUGAAGGCAGUGAGUCUGCUCUGCUGAAGUGCUGCAGCAGGAAGAGUUCAGGUAGAAACAGCUGCUCACCUGGUCAAGCUGUUGGACUCACCUGUUCAGAACAAGACAACUUCAGGUUGGUGGGAGAGGCCAGCCGAUGUGCUGGGAGACUGGAAAUGAAACAUCAACAACGGUGGAGACCAGUGGAUGUUGGGCUUCAUAACUGGAACAUGAACUCAGUUGCUACAGUUUGUGCUGAACUGGACUGUGGUUCUGCUGUUUCAGCAAGAAAGUCAAAGGAAGCUUCAGAGAGACUAGUUUGGAGGAUCUGGUCUGAAUGUUUUAAGUCAGGAUCUGCAUUAAAGAACUGUUUCCCGGGAUAUGAAUACAAUGAUCGGAGCCUUGAGUUCAUCUGCUCUGACUCAGUCAGGCUGGUUCAAGGGACCAACCGGUGCUCAGGCAGACUGGAGGUGAAAACCAACCAGUCGUGGUCCUCAGUGUGUGAAAAAGACUUUGACCUGCAGGAUGCAGAGAUGGUCUGCCGGGAGAUUGGCUGUGGGCCUCCUUCAGUCCUCCAGGGGGCGCUCUAUGGAGAAGCAGAGGCUCCAGUGGGGAGCAGAGAGUUCCUGUGUGAAGGCAGUGAGUCUGCUCUGCUGAACUGCAGCAGCAGGAAGAGUUCAGGUAGAAACAGCUGCUCACCUGGUCAAGCUGUUGGACUCACCUGUUCAGAUCAAAACAACAUCAGGUUGGUGGGAGAGGCCAGCCGAUGUGCUGGGAGACUGGAGAUGUUACAUCAAGAAGAGUGGAGACCAGUGGAUGAUUGGUAUAGUAACUGGAACAUGAACUCAGCUGCUGCAGUUUGUGCUGAACUGGACUGUGGUUCUGCUGUUUCAGCAAGAAAUUCCAAGGAAGCUUCAAAGAGACCAGUUUGGAGGAUCAGGUCUGACUGUUUGCAGUCCGGAUCUGCAUUAAAGAACUGUUUACCUUAUGAUGAUUACCGUGAUAAGAGCCUUGAGUUCAUCUGCUCAGACUCAGUCAGGCUGGUUCAAGGGACCAACCGGUGCUCAGGCAGACUGGAGGUGAAGACCAACCAGUCGUGGUCCUCAGUGUGUGAAAAAGACUUUGACCUGCAGGAUGCAAAGGUGGUCUGCAGGGAGAUUAGCUGUGGGUCUCCUUCAGUCCUCCAGGGGGCGCUCUAUGGAGAAGCAGAGGCUCCAGUGGGGAGCAGAGAGUUCCUGUGUGAAGGCAGUGAGUCUGCUCUGCUGAACUGCAGCAGCAGGAAGAGUUCAGGUAGAAACAGCUGCUCACCUGGUCAAGCUGUUGGACUCACCUGUUCAGCGCCCAUCAGGUUGGUGGGAGAGGCCAGCCGAUGUGCUGGGAGACUGGAGAUAUUACAUCAAGGAGAGUGGAGACCAGUGGAUGUUUCGUCUCGUUACUGGAACAUGAACUCAGUUGCUGCAGUUUGUGCUGAACUGGACUGUGGUUCUGCUGUUUCAGCAAGAAAUUCCAAGGAAGCUUCAAAGAGACCAGUUUGGAAGAUCAUUUCUAACUGUUUGCAGUCAGGAUCUGCAUUAAAGAACUGUUUACCUGAUGAUGUAAACAGUUAUCAGAGCCAUGAGUUCAUCUGCUCAGGUCUGCUGGUUGAGCCGCUCAUCUUCCUCUCUUCCUCCACUGACGGGGUUUCCACAGGCAGAAAGCAGGGGUCUGAGCUCCUCAUUGGCUCAAGUUUCAGCAUCAUGUGCUCCAUCAGACCUCAGUAUGAAGGCGGCUCCUUCCAGCUCAUCUUCAGCACCUCUAACUACACUCAGAACCACACCCUGCCAGCUGUUAAUCACUCCGCCCUCUUCCUGUUCUCUGCUGCUGGCCACGCCCACCAAGGAACCUACCGCUGCGUUUACCACGUCUACGUUUUCUCCUAUAACUUCUCCUCUAUGAGCCAGCCUUUCAACCUCACUGUCUCAGUUAAACUCAUGGAGUCCAUCAGGAAAAGUUCUGCUUCAGUUUCAGCCUAUCUCACUGCUUUGAUCAUCAGUCUGGUUGUCGUCCUGCUGGGUUUGCUGGGAUCAGUCCUGGUCCUUUACUUUAAGGCCAGGAGAAACCAGAAGUCUGGACCAGAACACAUCCUCCUCCAUGAUGAAGGAUCCAGAGCUGAAGGCAGCUUAGAGGAGGAGACUGCAGUCUGAAGGAACCAGGAGAAAAUGAUCUUCAUUUCACAUCCACAGGAAGGAGCAGAGAGAUGUUUCAGACUCCUGGAAAUCUAUCUGUCUAUGUAUCUAUGAUAAAAUGUCUCUGUGCUCCUGCAGCAGGAAGGAAGUUCAACAUUCAGAAAUUUGUAUCUGGACUAACCCUACUUAAGUAAAACUUAUAUAAGGGAACACAAAACAUUCAACAAACAAAAUAUAACAGAAAACCCACUUCAUCAAAAUCUGAUCUUCAUCAACCUUGCAAGGAUAGCAUUUGAUGGGAUAUUUGGGGUCAAAGGUCAGGUAGCCAAUUCCAUUCAGACCCUGAUCCCAGCUUGUGUCCUUGUCUUAGUUGGGGUUAUGAAUUGUGUGACAAAUUGUGUGACAAUAUAGUUCAUCCUGGCUUGUAAUACAAUGUCCUGCCUGUAGGUGGUGUAUGUCAUCACUGCCAUGAUAACCCAUCCAAUAUAUCCAGUUCCCACAAGUCUGAACCAGAUGUGAUCCAUCUUAGUAAGGAAGUGCAUGUACAAUGCAUAGUGGACCCAUGGCUUCGAGAUCAUGGCUUUGUAAAGGAGAUACAAACUCUCUGUGUGAAUAAUGAGGUUCUGGUGACUUGCAGACCAAGUACAUGUAUCAACAAACACGUAGCAACAAACAAAAAGAAAACAUGCGGACACUCUUGACCAAUGUCGUGAAAACUGGUAGAGAGUGGUGAGAUCUUUCCAGGUAUAUGCAGAAAAUGGAUCAUAAAGGCCUGAGAGGCAUAAAUAAUCUUGCAUUUUGAUUUACUGUUCUCAAUCAAUCAAUCAAACUUUAUUUGUAUAGCACAUUUCAGCAGCAAGGCAUUUCAAAGUGCUUUACAUCAAA